AUGCACUUCCUCGCCUCCGUCGUCGCGCUCUUCAGCGCCCUCAUGCUCGUGUCGGCCAUUGACGAGCGCGUGCUUGUCAAGUUCAACGACUCCAAAGGCGGCGUCGACUACUGCAAGCAGUGGAAGUGCGCCUGCGUCAACUACCAGCCCAAGGACACGUCGUACGAGUUCGCCGUCAGCGGCGCCUACUGCAACCCGGGCGACUUCCAGGGCCGCAACCCCGACAGCGAGGCAAAGGUGUACUGCGUCUUCACCAACGGCAAGGACACCAAGACGGUCAACAAGCACAUCGCUGCGGCCACCGGCGGCACCCUCUCGAGCUGA